GGCGCUGUCGACUCACUUGACUGAACUGUCUUCAUUUCAGUGUGAGCAGUGGCAGUAGCCGCACUUUUCAAAAAUAAUAAAACAAAAAAACACACCUGAAAGUGCGAGAGACACGCAGACGUUCUGUUUUAAAUCGGACAUUUCGCUUUGUAGUGACAUGCAAUGUCUUUAUGGACUAACGCAGUUGGAUAGAUUUAAUUAAAUGAUAGCUUGGAUGUAACCCGGGAGUGAAAAAAGCUGUUUAUUAUUUGUUAAGAAGAAAAUAAAAGACUGAGGCUAACUAGAAAUCCGGCGAUUAAUUACCCUUAUGGACGACUUUGCCUGCAGUCGGCCCAUCGUCUUUCAUGGUCUUAUCACCGUCUGUUUUUAAGUAAGGAAAUUAUUUCUGGUUUCAAUAGCCUAUUGGGAAGUGAAAAAUAAUAUGUGAAAAGUACGAGUUCCAAAUAGUUUCUGCAGUGAAGCGUUUCAACAGCCGUUCGAGCUUCUUCGAUGAACCAAAUCUGGUUGAUGAAAUGCAGCUGUUAAAACGGAUUUUCCAGAAGGUGGUGACCUUCCAGGAGCUCUCCAGAGGCCUCUCCCAAUUCGCCCCGCGCGAAUCCCUUCGCCGGAAAUUCGGGAAAUACAGGACCUUCGUCGUGAGCCGGCCGCUCAGCCGCACCAAGGUUCUGGCUGCGUCGGAUGGAGAGCUGAAUGUGGCAGAGGCGGAGGGGCGGGGCAGUAGCCACAGCCUCAAUAGCAACUCCAGCCUUCCCAGCAUGCAGUGCGGGAACAGCCCUGUGGGCAAGGUGGCCAGCUGGGCCGUCAGCUUCGAGCGGCUCCUGGAGGACCCCACCGGCGUGCGCUACUUCACGGCCUUCCUGAAGUCAGAGGUGAGCGCAGAGAACAUCCUGUUCUGGCAGGCCUGCGAGAAGUUCCGGCAGAUUCCGGCCAAUCAGAAAGAGGAGCUGGUGCGAGAGGCUCGUUCAAUCUACAGUACCUACCUCUCCAGCAGCGCUUCCAGUGCCAUCAACAUCGAUGAUACGGCCCGGAUCGAGGAGGGGGCCCUGGUGGACCCCAAACCGGACAUGUUCAACAAGGCCCAAACGCAGAUCUUCAAGCUGAUGAAGUUUGACAGCUACACGCGCUUCGUGCGGUCGCACCUCUAUCAGAACUGCAUGCUGGCGGACGUGGAGGGCAGGCCGCUCCCGGACUUUGCUGCUGGGUCCAGAAGCCCGGCCUACCGGAAGAGCCUCAUCGACAGCCCCUCCCCCGGAGACGGCAAGAAGAAGAAGAAGGUGCGCGCGGGCAAGUCUCUGCCUUUCGACGCCGAGACGGGGCCAGACCGCCGGAGGGCGGUGGGGAAGUCGUCGUCCGACAAGCGCCGCGAGAAGAGGGGAUCAUGGGGAGCAGAGUUGCAGGAUCACCGCACGAUGGUGUCGCGGAGAGAGUCCCAAUGCUCCGUCAAGUCCAACAGCAGCCUGGAGCUGGGCUACCUGAGCACCAAGGCAGAGAAUGGGCGUUCCAGCCCUCGUUCUCAGGAUCCGGAUCGGCUCGGCAUCCCGGGCCGGGCGGAGAGGUACUGCUGUGUGUUCCUCCCGGACGGGACGGCCUCCCUGACCCCGGCGCGGGCCGGGGCCUCCAUACGGGACAUGCUGGAGGGGCUCUGCCGAAAGAGGGGCUUCCCCCUCAGUGAUGUCAUCAUCUACCUGCAGAGCAAGGACAAAGUCUCGCCCCAGCAGCCCCUGUCUCUGGACCAGGACAGCGCUGUGCUGAGGGACCAGCAGGUUUCUCUGGAGCUGCGGGUGACCUUUACUUUGGAGUUGGCCUUCAUGGGGAAGGCGAUGGGGAUUAUGGUGAAGUCCAGCAAGACCCUGAUCCACGCCCUCUCCUCCGUGCUGCAGAAGCACCACCUCCGGCCCAAUGAUGUCAUCGUCACCAUGAGCGGGAGCAAGGAGCCUCUAAACCUGAACAUGACCGUUUUCUCUCUGGCCAACAAGACGCUGGUCCUGGACCACGUGAAAGGUAAAGAACAGGCAGGUUCCCCAAAACUCCCCUCCCAGGCCUCCACGUCUCAGGAGGGACUGGCGGACCCAGACGGGACCGGGAAGCCCCUCCCCUCCGCGGCGGUCAAGAACCGAACCGGAUCCAAGUCCAAGAACCCGGCGGUUCGGAAGGCGUGCGACAUAGACGGGUUGAUAGAUCUCAUCUCGAGGACGCAGUGCUUCCGCGUGGAGGACCAGCGGGGCCUGCUUCGGAAGGAGGACCUGGUCAUCCCGCCCUUCCUGAUGCUGUCGCUCGACCAGUGCCGGGACCGCGCCGGGGAGGAGGAGGGGGAACGCCGGGCCGAGACUCCGCCUCCACCGCCCGCCGAGGCCCCGCCCGCCUGCGUAGACUCCGCCCCCACGACGGCCCCGGCCUCCGAGAGCCCGGCGGACGGGGGAGCGGUACCGGAACCGGGAGCCGCGCCGGCGCCGGGUCCAGUUCAGCCGGCCAGCUCACCCGCGUCUCACGUCCGGGGCCCGCCUGUCGGCUCCCGGGAGACGACCGUGUGAGCUCGCCUUUCGCUGGAACGCUUACGGUCUCCGUCCUGUUUCUCCACGACCCUGGUGGUGGCCAGGUCUGCGUGCCUGUAGUAGGCCUACACCACCGCCAACACCCUCGCCCU